GGCACUAAGAUAGUUGACCCCUCCAUUUCAAGCAAUAUCUUGAUUGUUUUUUCCCUUCCCAAAACCGAGUCCACCUGAAACUCAUCGGACUGAAGAAGAAAGCAGUAGAAAUUCUGCAAGUGUAUUCAUUAAGCAAAUCAAAUUAUUCAAAUUCAACUCCACAGGAAUCUGCAUUUUUUCUCUAUUUGAUCGAUAUGAAGGAUGACGAUGCCCUUCCGACAACGACGACGCCUAAUUGUAAGAAAGAAAGCUCCGAUUCGAGUCUCUUUGGUAAAGGCCGGUAUAAGUUCUGGGCAUUCGCCGCAAUUUUGUUGCUCGCAUUUUGGUCAAUGUUAACCGGUACAGUCACUCUCCGUUGGUCUGCCGGUAACCUCAACCGUCUCUCCGACGACCUCGAUAAUCCCAUCCGCGACGAUCUGGACGUCCUCGAAAUGGAGGAGAGGGAGAAGGUGGUGAAGCACAUGUGGGACGUGUACACUAACAGCCGUCGGAUCAGAUUACCGAGGUUCUGGGAGGAGGCCUUCAAUGCUGCCUACGAAGAUUUGACCAACGACGCCCCUGGUGUUAGACAGGCCGCCAUUACUGAGAUCGCUAAGAUGUCUGUGCGCUCCGUUCAUCUCGAUCCUCCUCCCGUCCAAUCAACGACUGCACGAGAAUUGAGUAAGAGUUUGAAACGAGCAAAGAAUGGCAGGGAAAUAUAAACUCAAUAGGGGAUCAUCGAUGAUGUAAAGGAUGAUGGGGAUUCAAGGAUCACAUCUUCACUGGUCUGUACUACAAAUGCUCAUGUGCUACCCCAAGUUUGUGAAAGGUAGUGACGGCCCGAAUCCUACUCGGUUCUUAGGUGGUUUCAUAACAAGGAGAAACUACCUAUUUAAUUAGGUUAUUGUUCUUACAAAUUUUUGCCGUCACAAUAUUCCACGCGGGUAGUGAAUUGAUAAGUUGUAGAUCAUUCAAGCGAACAAAUUUUUUUGAUCAGGUUUUAUUUAAAUUCAAGGAAAAGAAUUUCCAAAACUCUUCUGUUGAAUAGGAGUUCCUUGCUUACAUGGACAGGCAUGUAAGUUAAGCAUUGAUGUCUUGAUUAAAUAUGUUCAGAGAAAUGCUUGUUGGAGCAGGUUGAUUCCACUUCUCUUGUAUGCAUAACAAGUUCAAGCUAUUAAGGGAGUAAUGCUCGUUGCU